CAUUUGUCGUCUGUGGUAAGACCAAAGAGUAUAUAAACACUACGAUUGCGUACCACAAUUUUAACCUCUGAAACCAAUUUUAUUUAAAAUAAUAAAAAUAAAUGAAUUUAAAUGUUAUUUGCCAACAUAUUUAGAUAAUAAUUAUAAAAUGGAUUACCAUUAUGAACAAACAAGUGAAGUGGAGGCGUUGGAUUCAAUUUAUUAUGGAGAUAUGAUAAUUUUACAGACAGAACCGAUGCACAAAUUCAUUAUACCGAUCAAGUCUGAGGGAUAUGAAGAUGAUGGAGAAGGAUUGACGUGUGAAUUGGUGUUCACGUACACUGCCAAAUAUCCUGAAGAGUUGCCUGUACUUGAAAUAAACACUGAUGAAAGUUUUGAUGAGAUUGUAGACCGGGAUGAACUUUACAAUCAUUUAAUGAAACAAGCAGAGGAAAACCUAGGCAUGGUAAUGGUAUUCACAUUAGUGUCUGCGGGACAGGAGUGGCUUAAUGAGAAGUGGGAUAGCAUACAAAGGGAACGAGAAGAGGAGGUUCUAGCUCGGAAACGAGCUGAUGAAGAAGCUGAAAUGAAAAGGUUUGAAGGCACACGUGUGACAGUAGAAUCUUUCCUAGCAUGGAGGAAGCAGUUUGAAAUUGAAAUGGGCAUACCGGCCAAAAGAGAAAGGGAAGGAAAUAACAAAAACAAACUAACAGGCAAAGAGUUGUUCCUCAGAGACACUACUCUUAAUGAAUCAGAUCUCAAAUUCCUCGACGAUGGAGAUGCAGUUAAAGUAGACGAAUCCCUGUUCCAAGAUUUGGAAGACUUGGAUAUCUCAGAUGACGAGGAUGACAAGGAUUACGUACCGGGACAGAGCAGCGACAGCGAUUAACAAACGCUAAGGCGCUCCUAACAGCGCGACUACGUACGAUACACAGCCAUGGCCUUAACACCUAUGUUAUAUGUUAAAGUCCGGCCGCUCAGAAAUUGCGUUUCCGACAGGUCUUGAUCGAAUGGGCGACAUAACUUUGAACUGGCGUACAAUUUAGUGCAAAAUUUUAAACAUCGAUUAUUAACCUUAAUAACGAGUUAUUAACAUUAAAAAUUGAAUAAUUAUGCAAAUUUACAUUAAACGUAAUAAUUUAGGGGUAAAAUUAUUAUUAACAAUUAAAUAAGAAAAUUAUGGUUUUGAAACCUAUGAUACGUUGUUACAAAGUUAUGCCAACUUUAUUUUUGUUUUUGUAUGACCAUUUGACAGGUGUCAGAAACGCAAUCCCUGAGAGGCCGGACUUUAGUAGGUAUAAGUGAUGUUCUGUCGAUUUUGAACACUGCACUGCACUGGUGCACUUUGAUGGGUUGUUGAUACUUAGAAAGAGAAACCAACUGUUUUAAAGUUUAAACUAUUUUUUUUUCGUAUUUUAUUCAUACUUAGUAAAUUAUUGAUUUAUUUCUCCAUUUUCCGCAAAACACCGACCAAUCCAAGCAACACGUCACUAACAGAGCAAAACACGCUAAGAGGGUAACCACAGACAUCUCGUGACGAUAAAUAGACAAAUUUCAACCAAUAGCGAUGCACCUGGAAAUAGCGCUAUCUAUUUUUCAUUGCUUUGAUACGAAAGAGAUGGGACUUGGACUCGCAUCGCCAUUGGUCGAUAUUGGUCGAUAUUUUGUCUAUUUCUCUUCACUUGAUUGCACGCUAGGGACUCCGGUCUAGAUAACGUUGUUUGAUUUUCUCAGUAUUUUGCAGAAAAUAAAUCAACUAAUUAGCUAUUCAUUAUAAAUGUAUGCAAAGUUAUACCUGUUCUAUUUAGAAUUUUAUACAUUUUUUAUUUGUAAAAGUAUCAACUUAUGUAAGCAAAAGUGCACCUGAAAAAAUUGAAUGUUGUAUGAGUUUCAAAAAUGAAAUAAUGUGCUAGAGGCAAAAAAAAAGUUGACGUGUUUGAAAAGGAUGACUGCCAAAUCAAAGCGUGACCUGAAAAAAACCUGAAUAACAUAAAUGAGUGAUCAUUUAAGUUAUAACUUAAAAACUGUAAAGCUAAAGAAAAAAGAUUCGAAUUGAGAACCUUCUCCUUUUUUUUAAAUCGGUUAAAACGCGGUAAAUUCGAAAAAUCUGCAUGCAACAAAAAACUACACAACACUUUUUUCUGCUAUAUUUAGUGAUAGAUACAUAUUUUUUUAAUUUUUCAGGAUACGCUUUAGUUUAGCUUUGAAUGUGCCAAAGAUUGUAAAAGAAAGUUUCGUUUGUCCAAAACAAGAAGGCCAUCAGAUAUGAAAAACGACAGAACAUUCACUUAACUUAAUAUAUUUGUACAAGAUGAUUUUUGUUCGUUAUGACUAUUAAGCUAGAAAUAUACUCGUACAUUAUGACCACACUAUUAGGUGCAUCCAUAGCAUAUACCGGAUAUAAAAGCUGUACCUAUAAUAGUAAAACAUUUAUUAAAGAAACACAACAUCUACACAAAAGCAAAAUAACAAUUGCGGAGUGCCUAUAGGUGUACCGUCACUCAGACCUAUUACAAAAGGACCUGACUCGCUAGACGUUAUAGCUUGGUGUGAAAUCGUGCGCGCGGGAAGUGAAGUGCAUCAGUCGUGGGUUUUUCAUUCAUCGCUACACGCCCCCCGGCCCGCGCGGACCAUCGGGAGUAUUACGAAUUAAGUUGCCAGCUAUAGUAGCGCUAACAUGCGAUCAAGUGAAGAGAAAUAGACAAAAUAUCGUCUAAUAGUGGCAGAGUUGUCCAAGUGUCAUCUCUUUCGUCCCAACGCAAUGAAAGAGAUAGCGGUAUAUUCGGUUACACCGCUAUUGGUUGUCUUCAAGAGAUUGUUUCGUUGGUUGCUUGUUAGCGCCAUAGAAAUAUAAAUAUCAUUGUCAGUAGGCCAAAGAUGCGCGCCAUGACACAUCUUGUGAAGACAAAAUGACAUAAUGAAUGACGUCUUUCGUUGCGUUGGGACGAAAGAGAGUGGUAUAUCCGGUUCGAUCGCUAUUGGUGAAUUCUCUUCACAAAAAAUGUCGAGGCCUACUGUGGCGCUAACAUGCGACCAACGAGAUAUACUCGUGAAAAGAAAUAGACAAAAUUCAAGAAUGGCAGCGUAACCGGAAAUACCGCUAUCUCUUUCAAUGCGUUGGUACGAAAGAGACUGGUAAAACUCCGUCGGCAUUGGACAGAAUGUUGUCUAUUUCUCUACACUGGUCGCAUGUGCAACACUGGAGGAGCUAAAUUUUUUAUAUGUCAACCUUAGUACGCUAGUAGAAGCAUUCAGUUCCUUCAAUGUCUGCUACAUGACAAGGUUUUAUAUUCUGGUCAGGCAAAUAUAGCCUGACAAAAAGCUUUAUGAUAAUGUUAAUCAUAAAAUUGUUAACAUUGUUUUCAAACAACUGAUUAAAUCUGAACAGAAAACAGCAGUCUGUUAAUAUUACUCA